AUGUUGCCUCUACCACUGUCCGUGAUAUUCUCCGUUAUACAAAUGGCAUCGUUACAAUGCUCAAAAUCAGGAAUGACACCGAGUGAAAUAGUGGACGCACUUAUGGCAAAUUAUAGCAGAGAAUUGUUGCGAGAUGGAAUCCUUGUAAGUUCUAGAUCAGAGAUACCUCAACCACAGCCUGUACCCGUGCAAGUUGAGGUUACCGUGCAGGAUAUCAUGGAACUAUCAGUUCUGAGUAAUAGCUUCUCGGCUGACAUCUGGUUUAGCUCGAUAUGGCACGAUCAGCGUCUUGCUUUUGAUCAUUUGGAUAGCUGCAGAGCCAACAUGUCAUUUGAUGAUAAGUUUGAAAAGGUAACGAAGAGUUCUACACUUAUUGAGCAGGUCUUCACGCUCAGCUGGUCGAAAUAUUUGUUGCCAUAUGAAAAAUCUGAUCGCGGUCAUAUGUUAUGGUCCCCGAAUGUGUGUAUAGUUAACACGAAAUCGACAACAGUGCAUAUGUCACCAAAGCCGAAUGUCCUGUUGAUGCUCAUGCCGAAUGGAACAAUUUGGCUAAAUUACAGGGUCAAAGUUGAGUCACCAUGUUCGAUGAAUCUUGAGCGGUUUCCUAUUGAUCAACAAGUGUUUGAAAGUUACUCCUACAACACUGCAACGGUAAAAAUUGAUUGGAUGCCUGUUGCGAUUACGGUACUUGACGACAUCAGCCUACCCGAUUUCGACCUAGCGGGCAUCCGCACAUUCAAACAUACGGAGAGUUACAAAGCCGGGGAAUGGUAUCGACUCACAGUUGAGCUGAGGUUCAAACGGCGAUAUGGGUUCUACCUUCUGCAGUUUAGAUCCGGCUUAAGUAGCAAAAUUUCAUGUAAAAAGCCUAAGCCGCCAAAAAAAAUCAGCAAAAGUUUUUCAUCGCCAACAUCUAUCUUCACGAGUUUAUCUCUGAGAAUGUACUUUCCCACCUACAUUUCGGUAUUUAUCUCAUGGAUAGCGUUUUGUAUUGAUACGAAAGCUCUUCCUGCGAGAAUAUUUGGUAACAUUAUUCGUUCUCUUCCACCUGUCUCCUAUAUCAAAGCUAUUGAUAUUUGGAUGUUUACCUGCGUUGCCUUUAUUUUUGCUUCUUUACUUGAACUUGCAUUCGUUGCUUACCAGGAUAAAAAGCUCCUGCUUAAGUCGAACCGCUCUGGUAAUACUCUCUAUGCGAUAUUAUCUUUCAUGAAGUACUUUGAUCCCAUGGCUGGCACUGAUUCGCCAAAAAUGCAGCAUCCGGAGCGUCAUAUAGAACAUUCCAAAACAGACGAUGCCAUGAUGUUAAAUUUCGAAUCAACCGAUGCCUCAACGUUAGAAAAGGAACUUGUCAAACAACGUCGAUCAAAUUAUUUGAAGAGAAGACGAAGAAUACUUGAUUUUGGCAGCCGAGUCGAUCGAAUAUCGUUUUUUGUCUUUCCAACGUCAUUUCUCGCCUUCAAUGUGUUUUACUGGGGUUUCUAUCUACAGGAAGAGCCAACACCAACAAUAGCUUAG